CCGGCGUGCAGUGGAGCCUCACCGGGGGAAAUGUCGGCUUGGACCAUGGGUGCCCGCAGUCUGGACAAGCGAGGAAGUUUCUUUAAGCUCAUUGACACAAUCGCCUCAGAGAUCGGAGAACUGAAACAGGAGAUGGUGCGGACAGAUGUCAGCUUAGAAAAUGGCCUGGAACCCGCUGAAACCCACAGCAUGGUAAGACACAAGGAUGGCAGUUAUUCUGACGACGAGGGCGUGAAGACCUGUGCCCGGGACUCCGGCUAUGACAGCCUCUCCAACAGGCUCAGCGUCUUGGACCGGCUCCUCCACACCCACCCCAUCUGGCUGCAGCUGGGUCUGAGCGAGGAGGAGGUGGCAGAGGUCCUGCAGUCCCAGCCUCCAGGGAUCUUCCUGGUUCAUAAAUCCACCAAAAUGCAGAAGAAAGUCCUCUCCCUUCGCCUGCCCUGUGAAUUUGGAACUCCACUCAAGGAAUUUGCCAUAAAGGAAAGCACAUAUACCUUUUCCCUGGAAGGCUCAGGAAUCAGUUUUGCGGAUUUAUUCCGGCUCAUUGCUUUCUACUGCAUCAGCAGGGAUGUUCUGCCGUUUACCUUGAAGUUGCCUUAUGCCAUUUCAACUGCCAAGACUGAGGCUAAGCUUGAAGAACUGGCCCAGCUGGGACUAAAUUUUUGGAGCUCUCCAGCUGACAACAAACCCCCAAACCCUCCAGCCCCCCACGGCUCUCCCUCCUCCGACGGCGUCUGUCCUGCCUCCUUGCGUCAGCUCUGCCUUAUAAAUGGAGUGCAUUCUAUAAAAACCAGGACGCCUUCAGAGCUGGAGUGCAGCCAGACCAACGGAGCCCUGUGUUUUAUUAAUCCUCUUUUCUUGAAAGUGCACAGCCAGGACCUCAGUGGAGGCCUGAAACGCCCGAGCACAAGGACUCCCAACGCGAAUGGCACCGAGAGGCCUCGGUCCCCCCCACCCAGGCCCCCGCCACCCGCUAUUAAUAGUCUCCACACAAGCCCUCGGCUGUCCAGGACUGAAACCCAGACGAGCAUGCCAGAAACAGUCAACCAUAACAAACAUGGGAACGUAGCUCUGCCUGGAACCAAACCAACUCCCGUCCCUCCGCCGCGGCUGAAGAAGCAGGCUUCUUUUCUCGAAGCGGAAGGCGGCGCAAAGACCUUGACCGGCGCGCGGCCCGGCGCGGGCCGGGAGCUGGAGCUGGGCACAGCUGGCAGCCCAGGUGGAGCCCCGCCUGCGGAGGCCCCGGGCGAUUGCACAAGGGCCCCGCCGCCCAGCUCUGAAUCACGGCCCCCGUGCCAUGGAGGCCGGCAGAGGCUGAGUGACAUGAGCAUUUCCACUUCCUCCUCCGACUCGCUGGAGUACGACCGGAGCAUGCCUCUGUUUGGCUACGAGGCGGACACCAACAGCAGCCUGGAGGACUACGAAGGCGAGAGCGACCAGGAGACCAUGGCACCCCCCAUCAAGUCCAAAAAGAAAAGGAACAGCUCCUUCGUGCUGCCCAAGCUCGUCAAGUCCCAGCUCCAGAAGGUGAGCGGCGUGUUCAGCUCCUUCAUGACCCCGGAGAAGCGGAUGGUCCGCAGGAUCGCCGAGCUGUCCCGGGACAAAUGCACCUACUUCGGGUGCCUGGUGCAGGACUACGUAAGCUUCCUGCAGGAGAACAAGGAGUGCCACGUGUCCAGCACGGACAUGCUGCAGACCAUCCGGCAGUUCAUGACCCAGGUCAAGAACUAUUUGUCUCAGAGCUCGGAGCUGGACCCCCCCAUCGAGUCGCUGAUCCCUGAAGACCAAAUAGAUGUGGUGCUGGAAAAAGCCAUGCACAAGUGCAUCUUGAAACCCCUCAAGGGGCACGUGGAGGCCAUGCUGAAGGACUUCCACGUGGCCGACGGCUCUUGGAAACAACUCAAGGAGAACCUGCAGCUCGUGCGGCAGAGGAACCCGCAGGAGCUGGGGGUUUUCGCCCCAACCCCUGAUUUCGUGGAUGUGGAGAAAAUCAAAGUCAAAUUCAUGACCAUGCAGAAGAUGUAUUCCCCGGAGAAGAAGGUGAUGCUGCUGCUGAGGGUGUGCAAGCUCAUUUACACCGUCAUGGAGAACAACUCAGGGAGGAUGUAUGGCGCCGAUGACUUCUUGCCAGUCCUGACUUAUGUCAUAGCUCAGUGUGACAUGCUUGAAUUGGACACCGAAAUCGAGUACAUGAUGGAGCUCUUGGACCCAUCGCUGUUACACGGAGAAGGAGGCUACUACUUGACAAGCGCCUACGGAGCACUUUCUCUGAUAAAGAAUUUCCAAGAAGAACAAGCAGCGAGACUGCUCAGCUCAGAGACCAGAGACACCCUGAGGCAGUGGCACAAGCGGAGGACCACCAACCGGACCAUCCCUUCCGUGGACGACUUCCAGAAUUACCUCCGAGUUGCAUUCCAGGAGGUCAGCAGUGGCUGCACGGGAAAGACCCUCCUCGUGAGACCGUACGUCACCACCGAGGAUGUGUGUCAGAUCUGUGCUGAGAAAUUUAAGGUGAGGGACCCUGAGGAGUACAGCCUCUUUCUCUUUGUUGAUGAAACGUGGCAGCAACUGGCAGAAGACACUUACCCUCAAAAGAUCAAGGCUGAGCUGCACAGCCGACCACAACCCCACAUCUUCCACUUUGUCUACAAGCGCGUCAAGAAUGAUUCUUAUGGCAUCAUCUUCCAGAAUGAGGACGAGGACCUCACCACCUCAUAGAAGACACGUGGGACUUCCCAGUGGUGCAUCCAAAGGGGGCUAGGAGCCUUGCCUUCUAGCUUCUGUGUGCUUGAGCUUGAAAAGCAGUCACCUCCUCGGGGACCUCUCGGUUCAGUGACUAAGCCAUCCAUGGGCCAACCUGGCCAAGGGCAUCGUAGCCACACGAGGUAGCUGAGGCUUGUGAAACAGUAGGAUUCUCCUUGAGCAAUGGAGAAUUGCAUUUGACGGUUCAAGUGUCCUGAGAUUGUUUGCUACCUACCCUCGGCCAGGUUCUAGGUUGGCUUAUGUGUAUGUAUAUAUGUCGAAUAAACAUUUAAGAUACGAGCUCUUCUCUUGAAUUCAACAGCAGGUGUUUGACAAGACUGUCCGAUGAAGAGAGUCAGGUACUUCUCGGUUCUGUGGAUGGCUCCAUCCUUUCUCCCUUCCUUUUUUUCUUUUUUCUUUUUCUUUCAUUCUUUCUUUUCUUUCUUUUUCUUUUUUUUUUACAAAGAGGCUUUGUGUUUUUAUAUAUUUCAUAGAAAUUUUUAUAGCAGUUGCAGGUAAACUGUCAGGAUUGGUUUUUAAAAUAUUUUUGUAACUUUAAAAUAUUCUAUAAUUAUGCAUGUGAUUUUAACAUUUAAUAUUCGAAAAGAAAUCUCUUGCUGGAUUUGAGAGUAUUGCAUUUUAUAGGUCUCUCUUCUGUAACUGGAUGUUUUGGCAACUUUGUGGGGAGAGACUGCUGGAUUUCUUAAAGCAAUAUAUUCCUGACACUGGCCACAGAAUGCCUUUGGAAAUCUGAUGUACUGUUAUCUUGUUCACGUUCAGUGGUGUUUUACUGUUUUGUUUUUUAAACAAGUGAUGCUGACAAUAAGGAGAGAAAUGAAUGUAGUGAAAGGUAGAGAGAGAAAUACAGACUCUAACAAAGGACUGGGGAGUGUAGUCUGCUGGUUCAGGCUCUUUGAAAGACAUAGGAAAAGGAAAUGGGAGGAACCACCUAUGCUUAAAAAACUGUAAAUACGCAAUGAGAUUUGGCAAAAUCUAUUCCAUAUAUUAUCUGCUUUUGGAAACGAUUUUGAAAACCCCAUGAGGAAAAAAAAUUAAGGAUGACACUUCCCCCUGCCCUUUCCAUAUAAAUCAAAACUAACAGCAUCAAAUUAUUUGGGGCAGAAACCAAGUAAUGUAUAACGUGGCUUUUGUUUGAGUUAAAUAAGAUGUUAUAAAUUGGAAAAGUUUGAGAAUGCACCCAAAACCCAUCUGUAUCAUAAGAAUUUAUGGUGCAGUUAAAUUUGUGUUUUAUAAAAGCAGUUUGCAGGUGCACAAACUAUGAGGGUCUUGUAUCAGUGUAACACAGGUAGUUACAAAAACAUGUUCUUGUACUGUGUAAAGAUGCGUAGUCAUCUAAUUUGAUUGGCUUUGUACCUUGUACCUUUUUUAGCCUUGGCUUUUGUUGUACUAGAACCCUCAGCACAUACUGUGUUGUAUUUCCUUUUGUAAAUGAUUUUUUAAAUGGAAUUUUGCACAUAAUACAUUGUAAUACUAUACGAUAAUCAUGUGUGAAAAUAAUUUUUGAAAUAU